AACGAAGGUGACGUCACAGCCCGAGCGAUAUAAAAGCACAGGGCUCGGCUCAUCUUCUCCAUUCUGUUACUUACAUCCACUCGUUGCUGUUGGAUAAAGUAACUUUUAUUUAAUUUUAAUACUCUUCUCUGAAUCCUCAUCUCUCAACAUGCGUGAGUGUAUCUCCAUACAUGUUGGUCAGGCCGGUGUACAGAUUGGUAACGCCUGCUGGGAGUUGUACUGCCUGGAACAUGGCAUCCAGCCUGAUGGACAGAUGCCCAGCGACAAAACCAUUGGAGGAGGCGAUGAUUCCUUCAACACUUUCUUCAGCGAGACCGGAGCCGGCAAACAUGUCCCUAGGGCUGUGUUUGUGGACCUGGAGCCUACAGUCAUCGAUGAGGUACGCACUGGAACAUACCGUCAGCUAUUCCAUCCAGAACAGCUAAUUACAGGAAAAGAAGAUGCUGCCAACAACUAUGCCCGUGGGCACUACACUAUUGGAAAGGAAAUUAUUGAUUUGGUGCUUGACAGGAUUCGUAAACUGGCUGAUCAGUGCACAGGUCUUCAGGGUUUCCUGGUCUUCCACAGCUUUGGUGGUGGGACUGGUUCUGGCUUCACCUCUCUACUGAUGGAACGUCUCUCUGUUGAUUAUGGAAAGAAGUCCAAGCUGGAAUUCUCCAUCUACCCAGCUCCCCAAGUGUCCACUGCUGUUGUUGAGCCCUACAACUCCAUCCUGACCACUCACACCACACUUGAGCACUCUGACUGUGCUUUCAUGGUAGACAAUGAGGCCAUCUAUGACAUCUGCCGUAGAAAUCUAGACAUUGAGCGCCCAACUUACACCAACUUGAACCGCCUUAUUAGUCAGAUAGUGUCCUCCAUCACAGCUUCUCUUAGAUUUGAUGGAGCCUUGAAUGUAGAUCUGACAGAGUUCCAGACUAACUUGGUGCCCUAUCCUCGUAUCCACUUCCCUCUUGCCACCUAUGCCCCAGUUAUCUCUGCAGAGAAAGCUUACCAUGAGCAGCUUUCUGUGUCCGAGAUCACAAAUGCUUGCUUUGAGCCAGCCAACCAGAUGGUGAAAUGUGACCCACGUCAUGGUAAAUACAUGGCUUGCUGCCUGUUGUACCGUGGUGAUGUGGUGCCCAAAGAUGUCAAUGCAGCUAUUGCCACCAUCAAGACCAAGCGUAGCAUCCAGUUUGUGGACUGGUGUCCAACUGGUUUUAAGGUUGGUAUUAACUAUCAGCCACCAACUGUGGUUCCUGGUGGGGAUCUGGCCAAGGUACAACGUGCUGUGUGUAUGCUGAGCAACACCACUGCUAUUGCAGAGGCCUGGGCUAGGCUGGACCAUAAGUUUGACCUUAUGUAUGCCAAGCGUGCCUUUGUGCAUUGGUAUGUAGGUGAGGGUAUGGAGGAGGGAGAGUUCUCUGAGGCCCGCGAGGACAUGGCUGCCCUGGAGAAGGAUUAUGAAGAAGUUGGUGUAGACUCUGUGGAAGGAGAAGGUGAGGAGGAAGGAGAAGAGUAUUAAACCAGAUCUUGCUACUUUUACAGGCAUGUGUUUUACCCAUCAAAAUGCAGCUAAACACUGAAGCUUUUUAAAACUGUAUUUCAACCUUUCUAAAGGUUUGACAGAUACAGGUAUGACAAUCUGUUUUUAGUUAUUGAAUAAAGUUGCUAUCAUGUCAUUAUUCCAUCAGUGUAACUGGAUCAGAUCUGGAUUAAAAUUUUAAAAAACUUA